UUAUUAUUGAGCUGUUCGGUUGUUUUUAGUUCUUUUAAAGCAAUAGUUCUUCGGCGGCAACAAGAGAUGAAUGUGAAAUAAUAGCUGUGAAGCCUUCAACAAAAAGAACCGCUUGAAUAGCUUUGAUAUAAAGUCAACAGUGACACAAAUUCAAAGGCGAAUGCCGUUUCGCUCAAACGAUAGAUUCUGCCUUUCACCGCAUUCGCAACACCAUUUUACGAUCCACAGUUUACGAAAUCAACACUGACUCUAUCGUAGCGCUCUUUAAUUCAAAGGAAAACAGGAAUUCCUUAAAAAUCUUGAAUCAAAUUUUGCCAACCUUGUCUUGAAAUUGGUCUAAGAUGAGCAAGGAUGAUAUGACCGGUUCAUAUAAAUCACUUCUUGAAGCAGUUGAAAAUGGCGAAGAAGAAAAAGUUGCGUCCAUAAUUGCGAAAGGGAUUGAUCUCAAGACGAAAGUAAAUGGUACAACAGCCCUGCAUCUUGCGGCUUCCAGUGGAAAUCAGCAGAUCGCAAACCUUCUCUGCACAAACGGUGCUGACAUCAACGAUACAGAUUUCGAAGAAAACACUCCGCUGCAUAUCGCGGUUUCUAAAAACCAUUCGGAGAUCAUCAGAACUCUUUUAAAUCAUAAAGCCAUAGCGAGUGAGACAAACGAAAACGGAUUAACACCUAUCCAAAUCGCUCUGGCAAAUAACUAUAAAUUCACCGCCCUAAUUCUUUUGAAACAUAUCACUUUACUUGAACUUUGUGCAACUCCUUCUUUCAAGUCAGAAAUUCUAGACGAAAUUUUCUCUAUUUGUUUAAACACCGGCGAUGUGGAAAUUAAUCAGAAAAAUGCAAGCGAAGAAACACCGCUUCACUUUGCUGCUCUUCAUGGUCGUGAGUAUCAAGUGAAGGAACUUUUGAGAUUGGGUGCGGAUGUUAAUGCAAAAUCAUUUUCUGGCGAAACACCCUUGCAUUGGGCAAUUGUUAAAAGACGCGUAAAAAUUGUUGAAAUUCUUGUAGAUAAUGGAGCUGUCGACUCUUUUACUUCUUUUGGUUCCACGCCAUUACAUUGUGCAGUGAAUGCGGGAAACUGUAAGUUUUCUGGUGAUAGUAGAGAGUCGUUUGAAGAUUUUCUUAGCAUAAUCGAAAUUCUGUUGAAGAAAGGAGCUGAUGUGAGUGCUCGCGAUUCUGAAGGCAAAACUGCACUUCAUUAUGCAGUUGCUAUAAAAGAUUUUCGGAUAGAAAUUAUUAGAUGUCUUCUUGAUCAUGGGGCGGAUGUAAAUGCGCUUAGUACAAAUAAUGCUACACCAAUUUUCUACGCGGAGAAUGAGAAGAUUGUUUGGUGGCUACUAAACAGAGGAGCGAAUGUCAAUCAUGAAUGCAAAAAAUCUUACACUUUACUUUAUAAGGCGAUUGUAAUCGCAAACAACCCAGAAAUGGUGGAAGUUCUUUUAGAAUAUGGAUGUGAUUUGAGUGUGAAAAUAGAGAAUUCGAAGAAUGAAAAUGUCAUGGAAAGCUAUGAAGAAUGGGAUCCUGAAAUUCUUGAAGCUCUCCUGAAUCGAAUGGUCGAUUUUACUUCUGUGAUUGAUGCACUUGUGCAAAAUGGAUACGACCAUAACAAUAUGAUUCCCAUUAUUGUGAAACGAAAAGCUGCGCGGGAAAUUAGGAUUCAUGAAAAAUGUUUAAAGGUAGUUGAGGCGAGGCAAAAUCUUCUUGACAAAUUUAGAAAGUGUGAGGAGGAGAUUGCUAGGAUGAGAGAUGUGAAAAUUCAGAUUUUGGAUUUAACUCUCUUUGAUGUUUUAGUAAUGCCGAUUGACAAGAUGACAAAUUAUGUGAAUAGGGAAGAAAUUCUGCAAGUGUGUAAGUCUGACGAAGUCGUCGGAUAUUUCCCAUUGUAUGGUGAGAUGAUUAAAAGACAGAUUGAAAAGGCAAGGAUUCGAAGAUCUUUAAUUGAUUGGAGUGCUGAAGCUUUGAAAAAAUUAAUAUUUACUAUGCAUGGGAUAAAGUUUCCGGAUGUUAUUGUUCAUGAAAUUGUCCCGUUGUUAACUAGAAUGGACUUGGUUCACUUGGCGCAUGUUUUUGAUAAAAAAAAGAUGCACGGAGAAUGCAAAUUGUCUAAUAUUUGCAGCUAGUUUUAUUUAUCGGUUUUAAUACCGAUUUCAAUUGUAUAUAAGUAUAUUUGUUCUGACCUAGAAGAAUUUUAAUAAAUUGUACAUAUUUUUUU